ACCAAACUCCCUCCCCUUAACCCUUCCUCACCAGGCUGGCAGAGGGGAGUUUGUCCCUUUGGCCACCCACUCUUCCUGCUCCUCCUUCCUCUCCUUCUGAGUUCUUCCCAUCAAACUGUGUUCCCAACAUGGAGAGACCCAACUCACCUGGACCUGAAGCAUGCAGAGUCUCUGGGAGCAGUGGGGAAUUCUGGGAAAGAACUACGCAGACAUUCUUGAAUGCACACAUACAGCGCCAGCGGUUCAGGCAGUCCUCCUACCGAGAGGGCGAGGGACCCAGAGAGGUUUGCAGCCGCCUCCACGAUCUCUGCCGCCAGUGGCUGAAGCCAGAGCAACACACCAAGGCUGAGAUGCUGGACCUGGUGAUCCUGGAGCAGUUCCUGAGCCUCCUGCCCCCAGAGAUGGGGAGCUGGGUCCGAGAGUGUGGGGCAGAGACCUCUUCCCAGGCGGUGGCCCUGGCGGAAGGCUUCCUCCUGAGUCGGGCAGAGGACAAGAGGCAGGAAGAACAGACCCAAAAUAACUGCAUGGAAGUCCACCCUGAUGUCUCUGAAUCAGAUCAACCUCCAUCAGACACCACUCAGAGCCUUCAGCAGAAGGAGCUCAAGCAGGAAGGAGAUGGAGCUGCAGCCUUGGAGGGGGCUGGAAUGAUGUUGAUGCCGAAUCCUCGAUUGUUUCUUCCCCUUAUUGAUGGAGUGGAAGUGAAUCAGGGCCCAAUCACCUUUGAGGACGUGGCUGUCCAUUUCUCCCUGGAGGAGUGGGCUCUUCUGAAUCCUGAUCAAAAAGUCUUGCACAUGCAGAUCAUGGAGGAGAUUCAUGGGAUUGUGGACUCUCUUGCAAAUAACUGGAAGCAUUUCGGGCACAAUGGGGGCCUUCCUAGACACCAGCAAACCCACAGAGAAGAUGGAUAUUUUUCCAGAGAAAGGCCCUACACAUGCAGUGUGUAUGAACAGUGUUUUACCCAAAAUAUGGAACUUGUGUUUCACAACACACUCAGUGAUGGGAAAAGCCAUUUUAAAUGGAAAAUAUCAACAAAUUGUGCUGCUGAUAACAAAUUUCCACAUCUGAGCCAAGAAGGCAUUUUUGAAGGAACCGAGGAUUUCAUAAGCCAGGAGUGGGGGAAAUCUUUUAUCCAGAGUUCACACUUGGUGAAACAUGACAGAUUUCACACAGGAGAGAAGCCAUACCAAUGUCAGGAGUGUGGGAAAUGUUUUGCUUAUAGUUCAAAAUUGCUGAGUCACAAAAGGCUCCACACAGGAGAGAAGCCAUACCAAUGCCAGGAGUGUGGAAAAUGUUUUGCUUACAGUUCACAGUUACUGAACCACAAAAGGCACCACACAGGAGAGAAGCCAUUCCAAUGCCAGGAGUGUGGGAAAUGUUUUGCUUGCAGUUCAGUCUUGGCGCGGCACAGAAAGCUCCACACAGGAGAGAAGCCAUUCCAAUGCCAGGAGUGUGGAAAAUGUUUUGCUUACAGUUCUCAUUUGAUGAGCCACAAAAGGCUCCACACAGGAGAGAAACCAUACCAAUGCCAGGAGUGUGGGAAAUGUUUUACUUACAGUUCACAAUUGUUGCGGCACAAAAGGCUCCACACCGGAGAGAAGCCAUACCAAUGCCAGGAGUGUGGGAAAAGUUAUGCUUGCAGUUCACAGUUGGUGAGCCACAAAAGGCUGCACACAGGAGAAAAACCAUACCAAUGCCAGGAGUGUGGGAAAUGCUUUGCUUAUAGUUCAGACUUGGUCAAGCACAAAAGACUCCACACAGGAGAGAAGCCAUACAAAUGCCAGGAGUGCGAGAAAUGUUUUGUUCGCAGUUCACAAUUGCUGAGCCACAAACGGCUCCACACAGGAGAAAAGCCAUACCAGUGCCAGGAGUGUGGGAAAUGUUUUGCUUACAGUUCAGACUUGGUCAAGCACAAAAGACUCCACACAGGAGAGAAGCCAUACCAAUGCCAGAAGUGUGGGAAAUGUUUUAUUCAGACUUCAUCCCUUAAAAAGCACAAAAGACUCCACACAGGAGAGAAGCCAUACCAGUGCCAGGAGUGUGGGAAAUGUUUUGCUUACAGUUCACAGUUGUUGAGGCACAAAAGACUCCACACAGGAGAGAAACCACACAAAUGCCAGGAGUGUGGGAAAUGUUUUACUCAAGGAUCAACCUUGGUGAGGCACAAAAGGUGCCACACCGGAGAGAAGCCAUUCAUAUGUCAGGAGUGUGGGAAAUGUUUUGCUUCCAGUUCACAAUUGGUGAGCCACAAAAGACGCCACACAGGAGAGAAGCCAUUCAUAUGCCAGGAGUGUGGGAAAUGUUUUGCUUCCAGUUCACAAUUGGUGAGCCACAAAAGAUGCCACACAGGAGAAAAGCCAUACCAGUGCCAGGAGUGUGGGAAAUGUUGUGUUGACAGUUCAGCCUUGCUGAGGCAGAAAAGAUUUCACACUAGAGAGAAACCAUACCAGUGCCAGGAGUGUGGGAAAUCUUUUGCUUGCAAUUCACAAUUGGUGACCCACACAAGACUCCACACAGGGGAGAAGCCAUGCCUAUGUGAGGAGUGUGGGAAAGGUUUUGCUUCCCAUUCAGACUUGGUGAAACACAAAAGGUUGCACACAGGAGAGAAGCCAUACAAAUGCCAGGAGUGUGGGAGGUGUUUUACUCAACUUUCAUCCUUGAUGAGGCACAAAAAACUUCACCCUGGAGAGAAACCAUACAAAUGCCACAAAUGUGGAAAAUGUUUUACUCAGACUUCAUCCCUUAACAAGUACCAGAGCAUACAAACAGCCUCAAAGGAACCAAACUCGCUCCCCUUAACCCUUCCUGGCCCGGCUGGGAGAGAGAGUUUGCCGCUUGUGCCGCUUCCGCUUCCUCCUCUUUCUCCUUCUCCUUCUCCUUCUUCCUCUCCUGGUGAUUCCUGUUCCCAGACCUUCUUCUCCAAAGGGCUGAAGAGGAGCCAAAGCCCACAACACCUGGAGGGAGGGCCGAAGCUGGCCCAGGCCUGUUUCUCUCACAGAGUAUUUCCCAUCAGUGUUCCCAUCAUGGAGAUACCCAACCCACCUGGACCUGGCAGGGCCCCCAGGAGCAGUGGAGAAUCCUGGGAAAGAACUACACAGAUGUUCCUAAAUACACACAUACAGCGCCAGAGCUUCAGGCAGUCUUCCUACCAAGAAGGCGAAGGACCCAGAGAGGUUUGCAGCCGCCUCCACGAUCUCUGCCGCCAGUGGCUGAAGCCAGAGCAACACACCAAGGCUGAGAUGCUGGACCUGGUGAUCCUGGAGCAGUUCCUGAGCCUCCUGCCCCCAGAGAUGGGGAGCUGGGUCCGAGAGUGUGGGGCAGAGACCUCUUCCCAGGCGGUGGCCCUGGCGGAAGGCUUCCUCCUGAGUCGGGCAGAGGACAAGAGGCGGGAAGAACAGGCCCAAAAUAACUGCACAGAAGUCCUGUCUAAUGUCCCUGCAUCGGAGAAAUCACCAUCAAAUACCACCCAGAGUCUCAGGCAGAAGAAGCUGAAGCAGGAAGGAGAUGGGGCUGCAGCCUUGCAGGGGACUGGAAUGAUGUUGUCGGCAAAUCCGCAGUCGUUUCUUCCCCUGUGUGAUGAAGUGGAACUGAAUCGGGGCCCAAUCACCUUUGAGGAUGUGGCUGUCCAUUUCUCCCAGGAGGAGUGGGUAAUUCUGAAUCCUGGUCAGAAAGUCUUGCACAAGCAGAUCAUGGAGGAGAUUCAUGGGAUUGUGGACUCUCUUGCAGAUAACUGGAAGCAGAGCAAUGUAAGCACCAAAUGCAGGAAGCAUUUCGGGCACAAUGGGGACCUUCCAAGACACCAGCAAACCCACAGAGAAGAUGAAGUUUCUGCCAAAGAAAGGCUCUACAAAUGCAAUGUAGGUGGACAAUGUUUUACCCAAAAUAUAGCACUUACGCUUCACAAGACACUCAGUGAUGGGAAAAGUCAUCUUGGAUGGAAAAUAUCAGCAAAAUGUGCUGCUGAUAACAAAUUGCCGCAUCUGAGCCAAGAAGCAAUUUUUGAAGGAACAGAGGAUUUCAUAAGCCAGGAGUUGGGGAAAUCUUUUAUCCAGAGUUCACACUUGGUGAAACAUGACAAAUUUCACACAAGGCAGGAUCCAUAUAGAUGCCAAGAGUGUGGGAAAUGUUUUGCUGACAGUUCAGCCUUGGUGCGGCACAAAAGGCAGCACACAGGAGAGAAGCCUUACCAAUGCCAGGAGUGUGGAAAAAGUUUUGCUGACAGUUCAACCUUGGUGAGCCACAAAAGAAACCACACAGGAGAAAAGCCAUACCAAUGCCAGGAGUGUGGGAAAUGUUUUGCUCGCAAUUCAGUAUUGGUGAGGCACAAUAAGCUCCACACAAGAGUGAAGCCAUAUCAAUGCCAGGAGUGUGGGAAAUAUUUUGCUAAGAGUUCUCGCUUGGAGAGCCACAAAAAACUCCAUACAGGAGAGAAACCAUACCAAUGCAAGGAGUGUGGGAAAUGUUUUUCUUACAGGUCACAAUUGCUGACCCACAAAAGACACCACACAGGAGAGAAGCCAUACCAAUGCCAGGAGUGUGGAAAAUGUUUUGCUUACAGUUCUUACUUGAAGAUCCACAAAAAACUCCACACAGGAGAGAAGGCAAACCAGUGCCAGGAGUGUGGGAAAUGUUUUGCUUACAGUUCAUCCUUGGCGAAGCACAAAAGACUCCACACUGGUGAGAAGCCUUACCAAUGCCAGGAGUGUGAGAAAUGUUUUGCUGACAGUUCACAAUUCCUGAGCCACAAAAGGCACCACACAGAGCAGGAUCCAUAUAGAUGCCAGGAGUGUGGGAAAUGUUUUGCUGACAGUUCAGCCUUGGCGAAGCACAAAAGACUCCACACAGGAGAGAAGCCAUACCAGUGCCAGGAGUGUGGGAAAUGUUUUGCUCGCAGUUCAGUCUUGGUGAGGCACAAAAUGCAGCACACAGGAGAUAAGCCAUACCAAUGCCAGGAGUGUGGGAAAUGUUUUGCUUACAGUUCACACUUGGUGACUCACAAAAGAAACCACACAGGAGAGAAGCCAUACCAAUGCCAGGAGUGUGGGAAAUGUUUUGCUUGCAGUUCAGUCUUGGCACGGCACAAAAAGCUCCACACAAGAGUGAAGCCAUAUCAAUGCCAGGAGUGUGGAAAAUAUUUUGCUAAGAGUUCUCGCUUGGAGAGCCACAAAAGACUCCAUACAGGAGAGAAGCCAUACCAAUGCAAGGAGUGUGGGAAAUGUUUUUCUUACAGGUCACAAUUGCUGACCCACAAAAGACACCACACAGGAGAGAAGCCAUACCAAUGCCAGGAUUGUGGAAAACGUUUUGCGUACAGUUCUCACUUGGAGAUCCACAAAAAACUCCACACAGGAGAGAAGGCAAACCAGUGCCAGGAGUGUGGGAAAUGUUUUGCUUAUGGUUCAUCCUUGGUGAAGCACAAAAGACUCCACACAGGAGAAAAGCCAUACCAAUGCCAGGAGUGUGGGAAAAGUUUUGUUUGCAAUGCACAAUUGGUGAGCCACAAAAGGGUCCACACAGGAGAAAAGCCAUACCAAUGCCAGGAGUGUGGGAAAUUUUUUGCUUGCAGUUCAUACUUGGUGAGCCACAAAAGACUCCACACAGGAGAGAAGCCGUUCCAAUGCCAGGAGUGUGGGAAAUGUUUUAUUCGCAGUUCACAAUUGGUGAACCACAGAAGGCUCCACACAGGAGAAAAGCCAUACCAAUGCCAGGAGUGUGGGAAAUGUUUUGUUUACAGUUCAGACUUGGCCAAGCACAAAAGACUCCACACAGGAGAGAAGCCAUACCAAUGCCAGGAGUGUGGGAAAUGUUUUAUUCAGUCUUCGUCCCUUAAUAAGCACCAGAGAAUACACAAAAGUUAAAAUACAGCCAUUGUGGGGUAACAUCUUGCCUAAGAUUUGGUAGAAUACAGUUUCUCGUCAUUUGAAUCCCUAAGUUGGGGGUCUUGUUCUCUGGAGCAGCAGAAAGCAAGCUUCCUGUGACAAUCAUUCAGAAGGUUAAAUAUGAUUGUCAUGUCACUUAUUUUAAAAAGAAACCAUAUGUCAUUCCAUCUGUUCUUCCUCUGGGCUUGUUUCUGGCUCCUUUACCACCAUGUUUGCAGAUUUCCAGUUUGUGAAUUUUGUUUUUCAGCCGGGAUUCCAGAAUUGAACAAAGUGCUUCUGUUGAGGCCAAGCCAAAGGAAAAGAUGUUUGCACUAUUAUUACCCUCAAUGUACAAAUUGUACCUUUGGCUAGGAUAUACUGGUCGUUUUCUUGCUCCUGGCACACUGCUAAUCCACAUUAAAUUGGAAAACAUGAGCCUUUGUAUCAUUUUAGAAUGUACAGUGUUAAAUAUUGAUAAGUAUUUGAAUCUAUUUUAGGCAGAGUCAUGAUCUGAUGUUUUGCAAAAUUCUAGCCAUUGGAUUUUGUAUUAUAGGGAAAUAGAUGUGUCUGUGUAGAGUAAAAAUCCUAAUGUUUAUGUAAUGAAUACAAGCUUUCUAACUAGUUCUGGGCAUAUAGCCAUUUUACUCAAAUUCAGAAAUAAAGGAAACCCUUGUUUAUCCA